AAGAGUCCCUCUGGAGCGACGAACAAAACACACUGAUCGCCCCGGCAGUGACUGCAACGCAGAGUUGGGAGGGAAACAUGAAGAUUUGUCCAUGCAGGCUGCAGAGAGUGGAGGUUUUUCUGAGCCCCCUGUGUGUAUGCGAAUGAAUGGGUUCGCCUCAGUGUGUGUGCGUGUGUGUGUGUGGUGCUGAACUGGGUCAUGCGGACCACUGGAGGAGCGAAAGAUAAACACACACCCUCUCCUCCCGCUGCUUGGCAGGUUGAGAUGGUGGGAGCUCAGAGGAGGGAUCCCAGCCUGUGUCCACAUCUCAGCAUCCAGCAUCAGAUGAUGCUUUGAUUUAAUCCGCCUCCCAAAGAAGUGUCAAACUGAGGAGCAUCUCCACAAACAAGAGUCAUCGUAGGCUUGCAGCGAGCAAAGCACAACGACGGACCUCAUCCUGUUUUUGUUUGUUUUUUUAUCAUCAGCCGUGAAACUGCAAGGUUUUUGAGGAACCUGCACGGUUUGCCUUGUUAUUAUUACCCGAUCGAGAACUUCCUUCAGUUUUCCUGCAGACCCGAGAGGAUCAGUGCUGAGCGGAGCGCAGCAGCUCUGCUCGCCGAGCGGAUGCAGGACCAUGGAGGAGAGAGACAGGUCGCCAGCAGUCUGCCCCACAGCGUCAAGGCGAGCCUGUCUCUUUCUCCAUCUGGCCCAGGACGGGUGGGCAGCGGCGGGGGCUCCCCUACAUCCAAGAUGGGCUACUGCGGAGGGGUGCCUGUGGAGGACAUGCAGGCCUUGGCUAUCACCUCGCUGUCGGCAGCAGAUGUAGCCAAACAAUAUGAGCACAUCCGCGAGCUGGGGAAGGGCACAUAUGGCAAGGUGGAUCUGGUGGCACAUAGAACCCAAGGUACCAAAAUGGCGCUGAAGUUUGUUACCAAGAACAAGACGAAGCUCAAGAGUUUCCUGCGGGAAUACAGUCUAACAGGCUCACUUAGCUGCAGCCCUUUCAUCAUCAAAGUCCUGGACGUGCUUUUUGAGACAGAGGACAGCUAUGUGUUUGGACAAGAAUAUGCCCCCGCCGGGGACCUUUUCGACAUCAUUCCCCCACAGGUGGGUCUGCCAGAGGAAAUGGUAAAGCGCUGCAUGCAACAACUGGGCUUGGCCCUGGACUUUAUGCACAGUAAAAAUCUGGUACAUCGAGAUGUCAAACCAGAGAAUGUGCUCCUUUUUGACCGUGAGUGCCGCCGCAUCAAGCUGGCCGACUUUGGCAUGACCCGACGCGUGGGCUGCCGUGUGAAACGGGUGAGUGGCACCAUCCCCUACACAGCGCCAGAGGUGUGCCGCGCCAGCCGUGCUGAGGGUUUCCUGGUAUCCACCAGUCUGGAUGUGUGGGCAUUCGGUGUGCUGGUCUUCUGUAUGCUGACAGGCAAUUUCCCCUGGGAGGCAGCGCUGCCAGCCGAUGCCUUCUACGAGGAGUUCCGGCGCUGGCAGAAAGCAGGAUGUCCUGUAGGAACAUAUCCGUCUCAGUGGCGCCGCUUCACUGAUGAUGCCUUGCGCAUGUUUCAGAGGCUGCUAGCCGCUGAGCCAGAAAAACGCUGUGGAGUCAAGGACGUCUUCUGCUUUGUCAAGUAUGAGCUGGUCAGCGAGCUCAGGCGCAGAGCAUCUUGCCGAGCCAAGAGAGGUGAGAGGUCAAGCUCGGGAGUGUGCACUGGCAGUUGCACUUCCUCCUCGUCAUCCUCUUCAUCACGCUCCUCCCACAGACACCCUGAACCCUCCACCCCUCCAGGAACAUCCUGUCUUCGCCCGGCACCACUCAAACGUAGUGUCCUCUCCGACCCGUUGUCUCCAAGAGAGGAGUCUGGACAGCACCAGUCUCCAGGCCGAGACAAGAACAAAAGCCAGAUGGUGAUGGCGACCGCCAUCGAAAUCUGUGUGUGACCACACUAAUAUUAGCAGUGAAAACUAGAUGGCUUUUUGCAGUAAUAACAAGCUGUGAAGAGGUGUUAAUGACUACCACAGAGACUCCAGUGAAAAAGGAGAAGUACUUUAACCAUGAAAUGGAAGCUCAGGAUCAAAUCCCCAGCUCUGGAAAUGGACAUCAUCAAUCAGCGGUACACAGUUGGACAGCCGAUCACUGGCACAUGCCUUUAAGGUUCUGAUUUGUGACCAAAGACUGCUUCCCCAGCUGAGAGGCCACGCAGGCAGCGUCUAACAGUCCGCUGAUGUUGCUCCUCUCAGCAGCUCAUUCUGCCAUCCAGACAUUUGUGUUUUCUACCCAUACACUGUGGUGGUGCUAAUGAUUCUAUAAUUAGAGACUCCAUAAAAAUAAUCCUGUUUUUUCUCACUCAUUAAUCUAUAUGUCUUUACUUUAGCAUCUCUUUAUCUCAGAAUAAGCUCCGGGGAGGCCAAUCUUCAUCUGAUCAGGUGAUGCUGUUCAGUCGGAAGCUAGUGAUCCGAGGGCAAUCUACGCAACUACAUUUGACUGCCAUUUCUCAGACUUUCUUUUAACUUCCAAUGCAUAACUUCAGUCAUCGACUUUUUUUUCAAAGAGAACGUGUUAUAGACAAAAAAAAGGAAACCUCAAUGUAGCAGUUUGUAUCAGACAUGCUUUCAUAGGUGUCUACACUGAGAGACACGUUCUCAGUGAUAGGCAUCACCUCAGGACACUUCGGUGGGUCACUUCCUGUUUUAUUAUUGAUGGAAAUCAGCCAGCCAUUGGCUAGAAAACACAUCUGCCACCUAUGAACUGCUCUCAAUGAGUUUCAUCUCCAAUGUAACACAAUAGAAUACAGGGAUUGUACAUUUUCUGAGUGAAAUGGCAGUGAACAAAGAGGAGAAGAAAUGUCUUUUUAUUGUUUCUUUUCUACCUGCUGUGUGUGUUUGGACGUGUAUGUGGGUGUUUCAAAUGCUAAAGCACAAGAUUUUUGUAAAGGAGGAGAAAUCUUAGAGAAAACUAUGACUCUAUAUUGUAAAUACUUUGAUAUUUCAAGGAGUGCACCGUAAUAUCAGGUAGUUCAACUAUGUAGCUGUACUAAUUUUCUACAACAGGGAAAGGGGGUUUUUGGGUUUUACAGUUACUGUUGGGGCAACGCGUUGUAUGUAGCAAAAAAAUAUGACCGAAUGUACAGUAUAUCACAAUGAAGAAAUUAUAUAGAAAUAUAAUCUAGAGCCUAUCACGAUGUAUAACAUGGUAGCAGCUGCUGUUCUCUUUUUUUCUUUUGGAUUUUAUCUGAACUUGACCCAGGUAUGACACCCAAAUUGGUGAAUAGACAUCACUCAUUCCUGCAUUUUCCUGUCACCAUUACCAUGAGCAACAUCCAUUUCCUGUGUACAGUCAUCGGUGCUUCCUGGCUGUCAUUGAGUACAGCCCAUUCUGUCUUCAUUCAAUCCAUUAUAACUACUGAGGGCUGCUUUACAGGUCGACACCUUACAAAUUAAAUACCCAGCAGCACAAAAGGUGUUCCGAUAUUUGAUUAUCAAAAUGCAACAUGCAACGCAAUAUGUUGUUUCUCACCCUCUAUGCUCCCUUUAAAUUUAAUCUUCCUGCCUCUCUCUCUCUCUCACUCUGGGAAUUCAUCCAAAUGUAUCUCUAGAAUAGCAGAGCCCAGGUGUUUAUUGUCUGGGGGGAUGACCUCUGUGUCAGCCACUGCCGCUCUGCGAGCUGAUGAUUGAUCCUGACCGGCGCUAAGCUAAAGCUUCGGCUUCCAAAGAUUUACCGCUAAUUAUGAAAGCAUCUAUAAGUCUGAAUGCUUCAGUGAGAGCUCAUUACCUUUAUUUUUCUUGCUUGAAUCGUGUUACUGUUAUGUCAGUCAGGUGUGUACGUCAGUGUCUGCGUGUGCACAUGGAGUGUGUGUACUUGUCUUCACUGUCCUUAUUUCCCUCAUUCCUCUCAUGAAAGCCCAUCAACUCUGUCGCUAUAGUGACAGCGCCGGUGCUCCUCUUGGUUUAGCUUCUGUCCUCUUCUCGAACGUCGAGUCUAAUUGAGCCCAAAUGAAACAUCUGGUCACCAACCCCCCUCCCAGUCAUCCACAGCCUCUCAUGACAGUUGCUCAGUUUAUUAUAGUGGAUGAGACAGACAUUUUCCUGUAUUUUAUGAGCCAGUUCACAGACCAAAGUCUUUAUCCAGUUUCAUCAGGCAUGAUAAAAGCUCUUGAUAGUCACAAUCAUUUUACUUGUCUCUUUCCAUCCUCACUCUUGACUCUGCAAAGGUGACCUGAUUGAGGUGGAAGCUUUGUCAAAGAGAUGUAUUGUACGCUGUGAUGCUGCCUGCCUCAUAGGAUUUGUCAAAACGUAAUCCGUCAGUAGAUUAUAGUGAAUGUGAAUUAGCCCUGCCUUACAUCUUGCUAUUCUGUCUGCGCGAUAAUGUAGAAUCUACAUAGUAGAGAAAGACAGGGUUAGAUCAGAUUGAUUUUAAGUGAUAGUCAGAGGGUGUGUCUAACUCAACGUAACAUAACAUAAAGCAACAUAACAUAACGCAACAUAACAUAAUGCAUCAUAACAUAAUGCAUCAUAACAUAACUCAACAUGACGCAACAUAACAUUGUACCAUAACAUAACGCAUUAUAACAUGACGCAACAUAACAUGACGCAACAUAACAUGACGCAACAUAACAUGACGCAUCAUACCAAGAUGCAUCAUAACAUGACGCAUCAUAACAUGACGCAUCAUAACAUGAGGCAUCAUAACAAGAUGCAUUAUAACAUGACGCAUCAUAAUAUGACGCAUCAUAAUAUGACGCAUCAUAACAUGACGCAACAUAACAUGACACAACAUAACAUGACACAACAUAACAUGACGCAUCAUCACAAGACGCAUCAUAACAUGACGCAACAUAACAUGAGGCAUCAUAACAAGACGCAUCAUAACAAGACGCAUCAUAACAAGACGCAUCAUAACAUGAGGCAACAUAACUUGACGCAACAUAAAAUAAUGCAUCAUAACAUAAUGCAUCAUAACAUAACGCAUCAUAACAAGACGCAUCAUAACAAGACGCAUCAUAACAAGACGCAUCAUAACAUGACACAACAUAACAUGACGCAACAUAACAUGACGCAACAUAACAUGACGCAUCAUAACAUGACGGAUCAUA